AGUUAACGGUGAUACAUACAACAGACAUAAAUGAAAUACCAUGACAUUCAAACCAGGUGCUUUUGACAUUUCCAACCAUUACACGUCAAACCCCAUUUCAUGAUUCACACAUACUGGUCUCCUCCUUAAUUCUUUGGUAUGUCUUUCGACCAGUCUGCGUAGGCUUCGUUGCUUUCCAGCCAUUCCGGACCGAAUCAAGUUACAACCGAUCACUUCGAUUGAUGGCCUUUCCUCGAAAGGUAGCUGUCGUGAUGGUUCCCCACAGCUCCGAGUGGUCAUCAGUUCUCCUCCGCCUGCAAAAACCAUGUCAAAAGGCCUUUCUAGACUGGAUCAGAUUGGCCAAACAGUAAAAAGCCCUUGUGACAAGCCAUCUGCACUUUCUUGAUACUCUGAAUCAGAAUUGGAAUGUACAAGAGAUGAGCCAAGAUAGCAUUGUCAUCAUGCGAAGCUGUCCUACGGCCAUGGCUUUCCCAUAAGCCCUAAGAAUAGUGUUGAAGGCAGAAGGUCCCUGUACUUUUGAGUACAUAAUCGAUUCAGAGGCUUUGGAGUAGUCUGGCGUCGGAUGAUACUCAAAUCAAAUAACGUAGGUCGGCUGUUACAAACAAUGUAAGUGUAAUUUACAUUCUGGGUUCACGGUCAUGAGACCAGGUCCAUCUCAAAACUCCAACAAUAUGCGCUCAGGAUUGGUCUCGCCGGCCCUCCGUCCUGAGCGCGUAUAACAGCUUGACUUCCAAACUCUUCCCUGCCGUACGUGAUUGCCUUCCCUUUGGUUAUCUCAUAUUCUCGUCGACUGUCGGUCUCGGCUACUCUUGCACGUUUAGGGCUUGAAACUGUCCAGCCUGGACCUUUCACUCUAUAUAAGCUGAGUUACGAAGCCUGUCUCAUUGGUCAGCUUUCCCCGCUGUCUUGUACCUUAUAUCUCUUUCUCCCUCCUGCGACAUGUCUUUCGCCGGCUCAUCCACACCCGAUUCCAUACAUUCUCGCAAACAGCCUCAUGAUGACCACGAACGAAAAGGAUCCGUAGAGCACAUCAGCGAACUACAAUCCGAAGUUCAUGACGUCGAUGACUCUAAUGAAUCCAUGGAACACUAUACACGAUAUCCAAACCGUUGGUCAAAAGUCCGAGAAUGGAUCAGGGAGCCUGCUGCCGAGUUCUUCGGUGUAAUGAUUUUGAUCAUAUUCGGCAACGGUGUAGACUGUCAAACGGUAUUGGGCUCUAAUGCUAACGUCGCAGCGACACCCAAAGGCGAUUACCUUUCACUCAGCUUCGGAUGGGCUGUCGGUACCGCUCUCGGAGUAUGGGUUUCAAGUGGAAUUUCUGGCGGUCACAUUAAUCCGGCAGUCACUAUCGCCUUUGCAUGCUGCCGUGACUUCCCGUGGCGCAAAGUGCCUGCAUACGUCUUUGCUCAAGUCAUGGGCGGACUUUGCGGGGCAGGUAUUAUUUAUGCAAACUACAUUCAUGCCAUCGAUAUUGUCGAAGGUGGACGAAACAUUCGUACUGUACCCGGCACCGCGGGUCUAUUCUCAACAUAUGCUCUCGAUUACAUGACCUCAGUUUCAUGUUUUUUCGAUGAAUUCAUCGGCACCGUGGUCCUAUUACUCGUUGUGUGUGCAGUCACCGAUGCGAGAAAUGGCCCUCCACCUGCUGGAUUAGUACCUCUCGUCCUAUUUAUUGCAGUCCUUGGUAUUGGAGCUGCGCUCGGAAUGCAAACGGGCUAUGCGAUCAAUCCUGCUCGUGACCUUGGACCUAGACUACUGACUUCCAUGGUCGGUUAUGGAAAGGAAGUGUACACUUUUAGAAAUCACUACUGGCUCUGGUGUCCUGUUAUCGCACCUAUCCUCGGUGCAAUAGUCGGCACAUUCAUAUACGAUCUCCUGUUCUUCACCGGUUCAGAAAGUAUUCUUAACAAACCGAAUAAGAAGGCUAGAAUGGCACGUCAUCGUGCGGCUCCUGCUGAACGACAGAAACCCAUUGCUGGAACCGACUCUCCUGUCUAGAUGGAAUUACUCUUGAUUUUCCACUUUAGUUUCACGAAUUGUACGAGGUCACGACGGUCGUCUUUCAUAAUGCAUGAUGCUAUUACAAACAUUGCAAACAUAGAAACGAGAUGCAGUGUUCAGUACUCGAAAUGAGGUAUGGAGGUGUUUAAAUGACAAAAUUACAUGAUAGGUAGUGGUUAACAUGAAUGAAACAUGAAUGAGCGG